UUUCUCAAUUUUAAAUUGCAUUUUCUGAUUAAAUUCAGUUAAACCGUCGAAACUGCGAAAUGGAACAAUAAUGUCGCCGUCGCAUCUCCUCCGGCGGCCGAUCUCCCAAUCUCCCCUCUUUCCCCCAAUUCUCCAUCUCUCUCUCUCCUUCCACCAAUUCGUCCCCUCCAAAACCCGCCCAAAUCCCCCUCUCGACAGCGGCGGUUGCCCCGACCUCCUCCACCACAAAGACUGGCUCAGCCCUCCGCAGGUAAUUCGAAUCUUCCAAACCCUAAAAGACCCCAAUUUCGCCCUCCCUCUCCUCGCCCAGUUCUCCACCCGCCGCGACUACAACCCCAACGAAUCCCUCUACGCCACGGUCAUCCACAAGCUCGCCGUCGCGAAGAACUUCGACGCCAUCGAAUCCCUAAUGCAGCGAAUCAAAAUUGAGCGCAAGUGCCGCCUCUCCGACGCCUUCUUCCGCGAUCUGAUCAAGCUCUACGGCCACUCCGCCGGCCGGAUCAACGCCGCCGUCGAAACCCUCUUCGCCAUGCCGGAUUACAAAUGCUGGCCGAGCGUCGCCACGUUCAACACCGUCCUCAAUCUGCUAGUCACCACGAAGCAAUUCGAGGUGGUGCACGAGGUCUACACGGGGGCGGCGAAGCUGGGAGUGGAGAUCGACGCCUGCUGCCUGAACAUAAUGGUGAAAGGACUCUGCAGCAGCGGAGACAUCGAAGCUGCACUCCAAGUGCUCGACGAAUUUCCCCAACAGAAAUGCGUCCCCACGGUGCGGACGUUUUCGACCAUAAUGCACGCGCUGUGCGGGCGGGGGCGCGUGGGGGAGGCGUUCGGGCUGCUGGAGAGGAUGGGGGCGGAGGGGGUGGAGGCGGACGCGGUGGUGUUCAACGUGCUGAUCGCGGGGCUGAGGAGGCAGGGGAGGGCGGGGGAAGGGGUGGGGCUGAUGGAGAGGAUGAGGAGGAAAGGGUGUGAUCCGAAUCCGGGGACGUAUCAGGAGGUGCUGUAUUGCUUGCUGGAUGGGAAGAGGUUUAACGAGGCGAAGAAGAUGAUGGAGACGAUGACGGAGAAAGGGAUGAGUCCAAGCUUCGAGUCGUAUAAGAUGGUGAUAGAAGGGUUUAUUGGGGAGGAGGGUGGUGGAGAUGUGGAGUGGGCUUUGAGGGAGAUGGCGGGACAUGGAUUUGUGCCUAAGAUGGGAAUGUGGAAGAAAAUGCUGCAUUGUGUACUAAAAAAAAAUGUCGUUGAUUCUGAUUCUGUUUUCUUCCAAAUUAUCUAAAAUUAAGGUUGAGUCUGUUUGAGUUCUAAACUGCUUAUCACAAAUCUUUUCUCCGUCGUGUGCAGGGACUUAGGAUCAAGUGUUGGAUUGAGUUGGAUGAUUGCUGAUAAAUAUGGUCUAAUUACAUUAUUUGAGAAA